CCGUUCAAUAUGAAUCAAAAAGAGGCACUUAAAACAUUGUUAAUUCUAUUAGCAUCACUAUCGUGGUUUGCAGUAGCAAGACAUGCUUCUUCACAUUUAACACAUGAUAAAAAUACUGAAGAAUAUAAUGAUAAAAGUCACAUCCAUACACCAAAAGACAUUAAACCACACACAGAUAUAUGCAAUGAACCUGCAGUAUGCGUCCCUCACGUUAGUUGUCCUGCACACGUUAGAAAGGAUAAUAAAACUUCCUGCAAAGCGAUUGGAGGCCGAAAAGGAGUCUGCUGCACUUCAGGAAGAAAUCUUACAGAAACAUUUCAUGAAAAAGGUCGUCACCAUGUUCAAAAUUUGGAUAAAGUUACUUUAAACUUUAUAGCACAUCAUAGUCAAUCUGAAAUGGCAUUUUUAAGAACAAAGGAAACUCAUUUACUUGCCAGGGAAAAUAACGUUUUAAGGCAAGGAUCUGCAAGCUACAGCCAUACUUUUAGAAAUUCAAGGGCUUUUGAUGCCACCGACUUAUCAAAUGUUUUCGAUGUGGCUAAUAAAGCUUUAGAAAUAGCUUUUGCUACUAAGGCUUUUAAACACAGACAAGGAAUUACUAACCAACAACUAGAAUUAGGAAUGAUACAGCAAGAUCUUAAAUUAAGUUCUUUAUCGGAGUUCUGCGGACGUAGACCUUUUUGUCCCCCUGUAUUGGAAAAAUUUAGAAGAAUUGAUGGAACCUGUAAUAAUUUGAAAAAUUCUGCUUGGGGAGGUCCUUUUACUCCUUAUGCUAGAUUACUCCCUCCUAGUUACGAAGAUGGAAUUUGGGCGCCACGUCUAUCAGCAAGAAGUCACGAAGAACUUACCACUCCUAGAUUAAUAAGUACUACUCUCUUUCCUGAUGAAGAUAUUCCAAACACAGGCUAUACACUUUUAUUGGCACAAUUUGGACAAUUUUUAUCUCAUGAUAUAACUCAUUCUAUGGAUACUUCUUUUGGUAAUGGUUCAGCUAUAUCCUGCUGUCAACCGGAAGGAGCAGGAGCAUUACCUCAUGAAAUGAGACACUAUGCUUGCAUGCCUAUACAAAUUCCCAAUAAGGAUAAAUUUUACGGCGUUUUUAAUCAAAGAUGUAUGAAUUUUGUGAGAUCGCUCUUGGCUCCAAGGGAAGAUUGUACCUUAGGUUAUGCCCAACAGAUGAACAAAAUAACACAUUUUAUUGAUUGUUCUUCAAUUUAUGGUUCAACUCCAGAACAAACCGGCGAACUUAGAAGUUUUGAGGAUGGUAAAUUAAUUGUAUUUAAUGAUUUUGGCAGAUCUCUACUUCCACUUUCUAAAGAUCCAGAAGCUUGUUUGACUAUGGAACAAGGAUCAGCUUGUUUUCAAGCAGGCGAUACAAGAUCAAACCAAAUGAUAUCACUUGUUGCUCUUCAUACAAUUUUCCAUAGAGAACACAAUCGAGUAGCGGAAGGCCUGCAAAAAUUAAAUCCGCUUUGGUCUGAUGAGUCUCUCUUUUUGGAAUCUAGAAGGAUUGUAAUUGCUGAAAUGCAAACUAUUAUUUUCAAAGAAUGGGUGCCCGCAGUUAUAGGAGAUUUGGCUAUGGAAGAAUUUCAGUUAAAACUGGAAGAAGGUUCAGAGUAUGCCUAUGAUUAUGAUAUGCAUAUAGAACCAUCGAUAACAAACGAAUUUGCUACUGCUGCUCUUAGAUUUGGUCAUUCUGCAGUUGAUGGAUUAAUAAAAUUAUAUGGGCCGAAAAAAAUGGAAGAAAUGAUAUCUAUUCCAGAAAUAAUGUUUCACCCAGCUCGUCUACGUAAAAGACUUUUCCUAGACGAAAUAUUGAGCUCUCUUACCACUGAACCAAUUCAAGAAGUGGACCACUCAUUUAGUGAAGGGUUGACAAGGUAUAUGUUCAGGGGCGGAAAUCCAUUUGGUGUGGACUUGGCCGCUUUAAACAUUCAAAGAGGCAGAGAUCACGGAUUAAGACCUUAUAAUGAUUACAGAGAACUCACAGGUCAACCAAGGAUAAAGAGUUUUAAAGAAUUUAGACCAGAUAUGGCAGAAAAAUUGUCCAAAGUUUAUGAAUCAGUGGAUGACUUGGACUUAUGGGUCGGAGGACUUCUUGAACCAAAGGCACCAGGUAGUUUAGUUGGUUACACUUUUAGAGAUAUUAUUGCAGACCAGUUUUCAAGAUUAAAAAAAGGAGAUAAGUACUUUUUUGAAAAUGAUCCAAGUAUUAAUCCUGGAUAUUUUACACCAGAUCAACUUCGUGAAAUUAGAAAGGCCUCCAUGUCAAGAAUUAUAUGUGAUAAUAGUGAUGGUAUUCUUUUGGGUCGUCAAGCGAUAAAUGCCUUUAGGCAGCCAGGUGUACCUGGGAAUGAAUUUGCGGAUUGUGAUGGAGCUUCCAUUCCAAGAGUAGACUUAAGAUAUUGGAAACAUUAAUCACGUUUUUAAAUUAUGUUUGUGUAUACAUUUGUAUUAUUGUUUUUUGUUGGUUAUAUUUAAGAUUUUAAUAAAUUUUGUUUUAGG